UGAUCUGGUUUAUACAUGUAUUAUCAAAUGCAAUCUUAUUUUACAGAUGAGAAAGUUUCUCCGGGCCUCAGUGAAGUGGCUAUUCCAUGGUUAUAGAGCUGAGCAGAAUAAGGAUAGGAAUAAGAACUAUGCCUGUGAUUUCACAGAUCUUGUUACUUCUUUUUUCAGAGCCCCAAAGGGAAGGAAGUUCCUUUUACAAGGGUCCUGCCAUUGCUAUACAAAUCUGAUCUUUAGAGCCCUGUGCAGGAAUUGGUUUCAUUCAGGACGAUGGCUACAGCUCUUGGGCUGCAGGUGCAGUCUCCACUGGAGAAGGAAGAGAUCCUUAUUGUGAAGGUAGAAGAAGAUUUCCCUUGGGAAGAGGAGCCUCCUCAAAGGAACGAUCCCAGUCCUGAGACCUUCCGGCAGCUCUUUAGGCUUUUCUGCUAUCAGGAGGUGGCUGGGCCCCGGGAGGCCCUCAGUCGUCUCUGGGAGCUCUGCUGUCGAUGGCUGAGGCCAGAGAUGCGUACAAAGGAGCAAAUCCUGGAGCUUUUGGUGCUGGAGCAGUUCCUGACAGUAUUGCCAGGGGAGAUUCAGACUUGGGUACGAGAACAGCAUCCAGAGAGUGGUGAGGAGGCAGUGGUCCUGGUCGAGGGUUUGCAGAGAGAGCCCAAGAAACAGAGACAACGGGGAGCAGUGCAACAUGAGGCGAUGGCCCAAGACGAGGGACCACAGAACUCUUGCCUAGGACCACGGGAGCAGCCAAAUCAUAGAUCUAAAAAGAAUCCCCAGUUGCGACCAAAGAGAGGUUCACCUGCUUCCCGGGUUUCUGCACUCUUCAGGGAAGAGAGCACUAGAGAUCAGGGAACAGCAACUGCAUUCAUCUCUGCUUGGUCCCAGAUGCCAGUGACAUUUGAGGACAUGGCUAUGUAUCUUUCCCAGGAGGAGUGGGGCUGCCUGGAUCCAGUGCAGAGAGAACACUACCAGGAUGUCCUGCAGGAGAAUUAUGGGCUUCCUGCUCUGAAAUCAAAUCUAAUUGCCCAAAUGGAACGAAAGGAAGGACUGUGGGACCCAAAUCUACCAGCUUUCAAGGAAAGGGAUGUUCCAAGAAAUAAUCCCACAGAAUGUGAGAUCAAGAUUGAGGAUGAAGAAGAUUCCAGGGAGGAUUCCACCAUGGAAAUGAAGUUGUAUAGAACUCAGGCAGGGAAGUCCAAGGGAUGUGGUCUUCAGUCAGCCCGCCAGGGACAGACUUGUGUGAUUAGGUCAGAAUGGCAUCAGGGCUACCCACUAUUGGAGAGAGAAAGCCAAACCCAUGUACAAGAGAGGGAUAAAGGACUUCAGAGAGCCCGUAUAGUAGAGAAACCCUACAAAUGCCUCGAAUGUGGAAAAAGCUUUAACAAAAGUUCCCAUUUGAUCAAACAUCAGAGAACCCACACAGGGGAGAAACCCUACAAGUGUCUUGUAUGUGGAAAGGGCUUCAGUGACCGCUCCAAUUUCAGUACUCACCAGAGAAUUCAUACUGGAGAGAAACCUUACAAAUGCAAUGAAUGUGGGAAGUGCUUCAGCCAGAGUUCAAGCCUUGUCAUCCAUCGAAGAACUCACACUGGAGAGAGACCCUAUAAAUGUGAGGAGUGUGGGAAAAGCUUCAAUAAUAGCUCUCAUUUCAGUGCACACCGAAGAACUCACACUGGUGAGAAACCCUACAUGUGCCAGAAUUGUGGGAAGAGCUUUCGUCGGGGCACCGACCUUAAUAAACACCAGAGAACUCAUACAGGAGAGAGGCCCUAUAAAUGUGCAGUGUGUGGGAAAAGCUUCACACGGAAACACCAGCUUGUGACACACCAGGAGAUUCAUGAAGAAGAGAAUCAUGUUCACUGACUUAGGUUUGGAAUCUUCUGCUACUGAAUCUCAGCUUUUCAGAGAUACCAGGAGUCUAUUGGUGGUGGAAGGUGGGGAUUUUAACCAGUAUAUAGCUCUCCUCUUGUUUGAAGGAUAUUUGUUUUGGGAUUUUGAAUUUUACAGUCUUGAGCAGCUCUGUGCCAUUCACUUUACAGAACUAGAAACCAUUCAUUUACAGAAUGGUUAGACUUGAACACAUCAUAGCUUUUUAACUAACAGCUACUAUUACAUAACACAGUCUGAUCCUGUUACAGAUACCCAAGAAGCCUUGUGAGGGUGAAAGAACAUUUCCAAUUUGGGAAAAUGCUGCAGAAGUGCUUCUGGUAUUUCCAUGUACUGUGUGCCUCAGGCUUCACUACAUUCUGAUCCUUUCUUUUAUCUACGAGUUUUUAGAUUUUUUCAGAGCUGCUCCCUGAUAGGUCUUUACAAAAUGAAAGAGAUACCAGCCUUGGAACUUCCAAGUCAAACUCUUAAUCCUAUCAUCUAGGCUCAUAAAGUUUAUGUGCCUCCCCUAUUUAGUAUCUACAGUAUGGUGAAUGAGGACUAGUGAAGAAUAACUCUUUAGAUUGGGAGCUGGUUUCCCCAGUGACAGUUAAAGAAGCUUGGUGGAUCUCAGUUUCUGCCAGAGAGGAACCAGCCCUCGAAGCAGCUAUUCCUCUCUUUGACAGUAUGUACUUAUCUAGCCUUAUUAUCCUUUCAAUUUUUCCCAUCACCUAAUUCAUGUGUAUUUUCACAUUCGAGUCUUACCUUCAUACAAACCUAGCUUAAGUCCACAGUAAGACUGUAAAGCACACAUAACUCCUGCCCCUCUUAAUUCCUUUAAUAAAAGCAAUACUUUUUUUUUUUGGUCC